AUCUGACCAAUAGGUAAACGGGGCAUUUCAGUACUGGCCAAUCAGAUUAUCAGAUUUUGGCCCUUUAAAUUUGUACGCACUUUUCGAAAGUUGUACACACGCCGAAGUUUACUGACUGCAGUGAAGAAGCUCAUACGUGAACAGCAAAGAAACUGUCAGAUAUAUCAGUUAAUCUUUUCUUUCACGCAUUGUAUCUCUUGUGAUCAAAUACCCAAAAGACUUUUAUAGAUUCUCCAUUAGUGCCAAAUAUGCCGUCUCAAGAGAACACUGCCCGCCUCAAAGCCUACAAGAACAAGGGAAGAGAUGUGGAUGAUUUGAGAAGAAGAAGAAAUGAAGUGUCUGUUGAAUUGAGGAAAAAUAAGAAAGAUGAUCAGCUGCUAAAAAGACGAAAUGUUGCCAUUACUGAUGAACCAACUAGUCCUCUACAAGAACAAAAACAAAAUGUUGGUCUGAGCCUGCAGGAGAUAGUGGACAGCAUUCAUGGCACUGAUCCACAGAAGCAGAUGAUUGCAACACAAGCUGCCCGUAAAAUGUUAUCUCGGGAAAGAAAUCCACCCAUUGAUAGCAUCAUACAAUCAGGGGUCAUCCCUAGACUAGUUGAAUUUCUUCGUUACAAUGACAGGCCUGAACUUCAGUUUGAGGCAGCUUGGGCCCUGACCAAUGUGGCGUCUGGAACAUCCACUCAGACCAAAGCUGUGGUUAAUGCCAAUGCAGUGGUACCAUUCAUAGCACUGCUUACCUCCCCUCAUCACAAUGUCAGUGAACAAGCUGUGUGGGCAGUUGGAAACAUUGCUGGUGAUGGUCCUGAAAUGCGAGACUAUGUGAUAAAAUGUGGUGCUGUUGAGCCUCUACUGAGUUUGGUGAAACCACAGAUUGAGACCUCCUUCCUAAGGAAUGUAACUUGGACAAUCUCGAACAUGUGCCGCAAUAAGAACCCCCCUCCCCCCUUUGCUACAGUCAAGCAGUGCCUCCCCACACUGAGCCAACUACUACUGCACACUGACAAAGAAGUUCUGUCUGAUGCUUGCUGGGCACUGUCCUAUCUGACAGAUGGUACUAAUGACAAGAUACAGGAGGUUCUUAACUCAGGUGUUGUUCCCAGGCUUGUUGAGCUGCUAGCUUCUCCAGAACCAUCCAUAGUAACCCCAGCACUGCGGGCAGUGGGCAAUAUUGUUACAGGGGAUGAUGGUCAAACACAAGCAGUUAUAGAUGCUGGUGCCGUCCCAGUGUUUAACUUGCUGCUCACCCACUCCAAGUCCAGCAUACAGAAGGAAGCUGCUUGGACAGUUUCAAAUAUAACUGCAGGGAAUACUCAACAGAUUCAGGCAGUACUUGAUGCUGGUGUGAUACCCAAUGUUGUUAACCUAUUGGUCAAGGGAGACUUCAAAACUCAGAAAGAGGCUGUCUGGGCAGUGACUAACCUGACCUCUGGUGGAACUGUUGAGCAAAUUGUUCACUUGGUUCAGUGUGGUGUUUUACGACCACUUUGUAAUCUGCUCACAGCAAAGGAAGCUAAAGUUAUCUUGGUCAUUCUGGACGCACUGCAGAAUAUUCUCAAUGCUGCAGACAAACUUGGUCAGUCUGAAGCAGUCUGUAUCAUGAUAGAAGAAGUAGAGGGUAUGGAGAAGAUAGAAAACUUGCAGCAACAUGAGAAUGAACAGGUCUACAAAGCAGCCUAUGGUAUCAUUGAAAAGUACUUUGGUGGAGAUGGUGAUGAUGAGGAUGAAAGCCUGGCACCAACAUGCAGUGAAAAUAGCAACAAUUUUGAGUUCCAACCUGCAACCCAAGUUCCAGCAGGGGGCUUCAGCUUUUAAACAGCUGGGUAGAGAGAGAUCAAGAGAUUGAAGAAAAGCCUGUGCAACUUCUUUUGUUUCAACAUUCCAACCUCUUUAAUCAUCAAUCAGGGACUGAAAUCAAACCUAUUGAUCUCAUAAGGGUACAUGCUGUUGAUGUUUGUCUUAAUAAAGCACAAUUGUUUAUCUGGAGAUGGUCAAGAGGAUAAAGUUGAAAUACCAUUAGGGCAAAUACUGGCAUUUAAAAAUGUAUUCUGAAGGAGAAUUUAUUUUGAAGUUGAAUGUAAGAGAACAAAGAUCAAUUGUGAAUGUGAAAGAGAAUGUCUGUCAUUAUGGCAACUGUACUGUAGAAGUAAUUUUGUUAUUUAGAGACUAGUUUAAGUACAGUAAAAUAAAUGGAGAGUUGUAAAAUCCAAGUCUGUUGUACAUGCAGUUUUGUUCUGUUGUACGAUGGCCAUGCUGAAUGGCAUUUUGUACAUAAUAAAUCUAGAAAAGGAA